AAACAAAAAAAACCGCCGUCUGCUUGAUGGCCAGGAAGGGAGAAAGAAAGCUGAGUGUCGGGAGUUCGUCUUCUUGAGCGCCAUGCUUCUGCACAGGCUCUACCGGGCCGUCAUCAUGGGGCCUCCCGGCUCCGGUAAAGGCACCAUUUCCGGCAGGAUCAGCAAAAGUUUGGGCCUCCAGCACAUCUCCAGUGGGGACAUUCUGAGAACCAACAUCGACGCUCAAACUGAGCUGGGGCUGCUGAUGAAGGCGAGUAUCGAUGAAGGCCAGCUGGUUCCAGAUCAGAUCAUAUCUCGCCUCAUCCUCAGAGAGCUGACACUGCUGCAAGACAGCAGCUGGCUGCUGGACGGUUUCCCUCGCACGUUGUCUCAGGCAGAGUCUCUGGAGGAGUGUUACAGCGUGGACACUGUCAUCAACCUGCAGGUUCCUUUUCACAUCAUCAGACAGCGACUGACUUCUCGCUGGACUCACCUGCCCAGCGGCAGAGUUUACAACGUGGACUUCAACCCGCCUAAAGUGCCUGGUCGUGAUGAUGUCACAGGUGAACCUCUGAUCCAGAGGGAUGAUGACACACCUGAGACAGUCAUGAGGAGACUGAAGGCCUACCAAACCCAGACUGAACCUGUCCUAGAAUACUACAGGAGUAAAGGAGUGUUGGAGACGUUCCGAGGGACAGAGACCAACAAGAUUUGGCCGCACGUUGAAGCCUUCCUGCACAAAAAGUUCUCUGUGGUCAACAAGGGAGUGGCCUAAACUAUCAUUAUUAUUAUUAUUAAUAUUAUGACAUAAUUAUGGACCAUGUCAAUCAUGUCUCAUCCGUCUGAGACUUUUUGUAAACACUCCUAGUUCAACACCUUUAUUGUUGGGAGCGUAGUAACCUGAUUAUUAAUCAUCAUUAUUACUGGUGAAAGGGAUGGUGAUUAUUAAUAAUUAUUAGAGGUGAUAGGUAAUGUGAUUAUUAAUAAUAAUUAUUAGUGAUGUAAGUUUCUAGAAGGAACUGUGUGCCUUUUGGAGGUGGACUUUAAACAAGGAGCCUCCUUUCUUUCUGCCUUUUGGGGCCUUGGAGGGAGCAGACCAGCACCACGUACCCCACCUGGCAUUGGUGGGGACUCUCUCAUGCAGGUGUGAACGUUCAAUAAAGUGGAGGAGGUGACAAACGA